GGCAGCGGCCACCUUUGGCAGUGGGCACUUCCUGUGCACUCCCAGGAGGUGCGCAGAAUCAAAGCGUUCACAAGACAUAGUAUGUAUAGAGUGGCCUUCUUUGGCUCUGUUUAGAUUGUCUGUCGGCGGCGACAAUAUCUCGCCACAUGGGUCUCAAGAUGCAAAUGUUCUUCCUCGGGUUGAAGCUCGCGCGCCUUGCGUGGUGGGCCUGGAGGAACUGGGCACAGCUAGUUGUCGGCUUGACGCUCCUUGGAAGUGGCGUGGUCAUGAAGCUGGCGCCAGCCUUUGAUGUGCUAAGCCUCAUUCAAGCAAAACUUCCAGUGGAAGUGGGCUUGAAAGCUUUUCAAGAAGAUAUCACCUCCGCAUAUGCCAGUUUUGUGAAGGUACCCUAUCUUAAAGAGGCUUUGGCACACAUCGGUUUGGACGCGCAUUCCUUCAUGGUAGCACUCAGCAUAUUUGACUUGAUGUUCGCAUUCUUGGUUCUCUUGGCAAAGGGACGCCGCCCAGCACAAUUAGCAGGUACUUGGAUGAUGGUGGAGAUGGCUGGCGCAGAAUAUUGUGUGCGUAAGUCAGGAAUGUACAUGUCCUCCGUGAAGGAAUUGCCCCACUACGAGUUCGUGAUGUCUUCAGUGCAUGUGUACAUAUUCUAUGAGGCAUUCAAGUGUCUCCGUUGUGACGCAGUGGAUCUUUCGGGUUGGGUAUGGAGCUUCUUGCCAGCAUCCUCUCAAGCAUGCGUGACAACUGUGUGUGCCAAAACCUCUGGUCCUUUCAAGCUUGCGUGGGCGAAGGUCACAGGCUGGUGCAAGAAGGCCGCUGACACCGCGAAGAGGGCGGAGGAGAGAGCGGUGGAGACAGCCAAGAAGAUCGAGGGGAAGGUCGAGGAGCGCGGCCGCGCAGUCCUGCCGGGUGGCUCCAGCAAGAACCGCACGUCGACGCCCGUGCCGGGCUGCAAGAAGAGCACGUGACGGCGGGGCGCCGGGGCGAGCGGCGCGCCCUGCCGAGCGGGCCCGGAGGGUGAGCAGUUCAUUGCAGGUCUUGCCCCGGCCCUCCCUCCCUCCCUUCCCCCUCCGCCGCGGGGCUCUCGAUGCGAGGCACGGUGGCGGAUAUACGUUACGUAGUUUCAAGCAUAUGGAUGAAAAUGAUGUGCAUGUAAAUGUGUAGAUAUGUAGCGGUACCAUGGAUAUCUCGAAGACGGUUUAUUCCCCAACAGCUACUGCUUUGUAGCAUGCUUCAUGUACUUUGCGUGCAGUCGAUCUGCCUCGCCCUCGCUUUGUAGUGGGUUCGUGGUCGUUCACGGCCCGGUCUGGGAUCUAAUAUUCCAUUUUACCUUAUUGUUCCGAAUGCCGGACAGCGUUUCGGUUCCCAGCUUUGCCUCUCUUCCUUCAUCUUCGCUUUAGUUUGUGUGUUUUUGCUGGGGCUGGUGCACCCCGUCCCCACGGAAGGCAUUCUUCCAGAUACUGGGGGGCUCUGCGCACCGGGCCGAUUCACGCGCUACGGCGUGCGUUCGCAGAACGAGCUUGGUACGCAUCCUAAUUCGUUUGCAGCAUUGCGGCGCGUCGCACGGUCGAGCAUCUUUUGGGCCACGGUUCAGUGCAUGUGCUUGCCCAUUGCACGUCGGCUAGCGUGGUGUUCCCAGUUUGCCUGGCGACCUUGUGAUUCGCACAGCGGUCGAGGCCGAGUCGGGUGAACAGCUUUGUUGUCGCGCUCCCUCCUCCUCUCCCAAAAAAAAUCGAAGACGCCUACGGCAAACCACCGCCGC